GAGAGAGAGAGAGAGAGAGAGAGAGAGAGAGAGAGAGAGAGAGAGAGAGAGAGAGAGAGGAGUACACUGCUGAGGGAGCCUGUCUCCUGUCACACGUGUCUGCCCUCACCUCCUCUGUACUCUAGCUUCACAGGAGACAUACUGCACUCAUCACAUCUGGACCUACAGGACGUCUAUGAGAUCUGGCCUCUCAAUCUCUACACCUCUUUUCUGAUUAACCUAAUCUACAAAGAAUCUGAUCCAAAUACAAAGCCUUCCGAGGGAAACUCGAUGGCAGAGGUUGUGGAAACACUUGGAAAGAAUACAAUGAUACAUGCUGUAUGAAGUGAAAGAAUAUCUUUCCUGGGGGGGAAAUGGUGUGUUUGAAAGGCACUCUACGGGGCUCAUCGUAUCCACACUCUACGGGGCUCAUCGUAUCCACACUCUACGGGGCUCAUCGUAUCCACACUCUACGGGGCUCAUCGUAUCCACACUCUACGGGGCUCAUCGUAUCCACACUCUACGGGGCUCAUCGUAUCCACACUCUACGGGGCUCAUCGUAUCCACACUCAAGGCCCCGCUGGUUGGGGAGGGACUCAGUGAUUUAGACACAGUGUCCAAUGUGGACGAGCUGGUGGAGCUGUUGUACCCAGAGUACAGUCUGGUGCAGCAUUGCCUACGUAGGAAAACCCAGCGCACCUCCACUCCUCUCCAUCCUGAAGACGACGUCUGGGCCUGGGGCAAGCCCAGGGAGGGGGCACUGUACAAGUCUGACGACGGCACCUUUGACGUUAUUCUGGAGGAGAUCCAGCGUACCAUGUGCAGUCCUCGGGAGGUGUGUCUGGAGGUGUCUAAAGAGUACCCAGAGAGCACACGUCACUUCUACAUGCCUCGCUGUGUGUCUGUGCACCGCUGUGGGGGCUGCUGUACCCACGAGGGUCUGUACUGCACCAACACCAGCCAUACUUACAGCAACAAGACGCUGCUGGAGAUGACUCACCGUGAACACUCUGUGGUGAUGGUGGCGUUCGUCAACCACACAUCCUGUGAGUGUCUGUCCAAGAGGCCCCAGCACUCUGUCAUCAGGAGGGCUGCUGCAGCCCACCUCACCGUGUGUUCUCCGCCAGAUGUUCCCUGCAGUACAGGACUGGUCUGGGACCCCACCAGCUGCCUGUGUGUUCCCAUGGACACAAGCUUCUUCUCUGAGAGAGAGCUGGAACCCCUGGAGUCGGCCUUGCUGGCGCUGUGUGGCCCAAACAAAGUCCUGGACGAGGACAGCUGUGAGUGUGUGUGUGAGAACGGUCUGACAGAGGCCAGCUGUGGGCCGGGCUGGCGUCUAGACCAGGUGUCCUGUGAGUGUCUCUGUGAGGACCAGCCCGCCCCGGGGACCUGCCCUCCCAACCAACGCUGGGACCCAGAGCUGUGUGGCUGUGUGUGCCGGGCAGAGUGCCCCCGUAGCCAGCCUCUCAACCCAGAGACGUGCCUGUGCCAGUGCAGGGAUAGCCCUCAGACCUGCCUGCUAGAGGGCAAGAGGUUCAACGCACACAACUGUAGCUGUUACCGGCUGCCCUGCAGAAAGCCACACAACAGCUGUCCAACAGGCUUCUACUACAGCCACUACGUCUGCCAGUGCAUACCCAACCACAUGAGGUCAGGGGAGUGGAACUGACAAAGCUGGCAUUACCAGCACUGGUGCCAAACUCUAGGGUCAAUGUACUGUAACUGUAUGGUGGAAACGAGGCGGUGUGUUUGCAAUGUAGAGCCGGUAGAUGGAGGCUAGAAUAGGGGAAUGUUUUUUUAAUGAAUUCUCCUGAUAGGCCGCGAGGCUCUCCAUCGUCAGACCAGGGAACAUACAAUGAAGCACACAACGAUGCAGUCAUCUAUAUACUGCAGGUCAUGGUCAGAAUCAUGGACAUUAUUGACAUUGCCUCAGAUUCAUUAUGUGUGGCUGUUAAAAUGAAAAAAAAUAUUCAUUCCAUAAAAUGAAAUAAUUUUUAGAUUAUCUGACAUUGAUAUUUAUUGCAAGUGACCCUGCAGCUCUCCGAGAUGACGAUGACGUAACUGGGAAGAAACGCCCUGACAUGAGAAGGAAGACAAAAUACUGAAAUGUAAAGCCCAUGCAUAUACUGUAUUGUACAAAACGUGUGACUGUAGUCAGUGGUGUCUGUGAAUGAAAAGUGUGUUUUUAAUGUCAUAUCCUAUUUGUAUUGUAUUUAAAAUACACGCUAUUGAUAAAAUAAAAUACAAACUUGA